AGCAAAGCACCAACAGAAAGCAACCAUCUUCCUACUUACCCUGCAAUCUCCCUUAAGGAUCCAUCCAUAAACCUCUUCUUCUUUCAGCAACACCGCGACGAAGGCAAAAGUAAUGGCAACUUCAAGCCUCUAUCUUCUUCGGCUUCUGCUCCUUUCUUCUAUUCUCUUGAUGAAUCGCCCAGUGUUGGCUGACCAUGACAAGGAAGAUAAUCUUCUUCAAGGGAUUAAUGCUUAUCGAACUUCCUUAAACUUGACCACCUUAACAGCAAAUGAGAAUGCAGAGUGCCUUGCUAAUGAAAUAGCUGACCAGUUUAAGAAUCAACCCUGUACCAACACUACAGGUGCCAACACAGUACCUGGUACUGAACCUCAGUUCUCCAACUAUCCACAGCUUUUAGCCAAAUGCCAUCUGAAUAUCUCUAACACAAGAGAUGGGGCCAUAAUGCCUGCUUGUGUUCCUAACCUGGUUCCUAGUCUUGUGCUUUCCAACUUUACACAGUCUCAAUACUCAGAAAAUCUGAACGACACCAAGUACACAGGAGUUGGGAUUGGCUCAGACGGUAAUUGGAUUGUUGUUGUCACAACUACAAGCACACCCGAAGGCAGUUUCUCUCCAUCUCAAGGCACAGAUUCAGACAACGCAACAAGUUUGGUUUCUAAGAUUGACUUGAUCUAUCACUUGCUGUUGUUUCUAGGAUUUUUCUUCCUGCUGUAAACCAAAAUGAACUAACAUUUGUUUUCAUGGCUGCCCUCCUGUUGUCAAGGAUAACUGGGGGAUCAAGACAUAUUGCUGUUACCAUAUGGAAAGACAAAUGACGGAUACACAUUCAUUUUGACAAUAUUUGCUUUACAUAACUAUGACUUCAUGUUUCAUAAUGAUUUUUGUGAAAUACUAUAAAGGAGCAGAUUCUGUAUAA